CUUGGUCACACUGUAACUUUAAUAGUAAAAAAAAAGUGUUUGAACAUUCCUAUCAUAGAACUUAAGAAUUCGAACUGUUUUAAAAGAAUGUUUAUUGUGGCCGUAACUGGUGGCGUAGCCACGGGAAAAAGCACUAUUAGCAAGGUGUUUAAGCGCCAGGGCAUUCCAGUAAUCGACGCCGACAAAAUCGCCAGAGAGAUUGUGGAACCAGGUCAGCCGUGCUGGCAACGGAUACGGGAGAUUUUUGGCGACGACGUCCUGCUGCCCAGCAAGGAGAUAAAUCGCGCCGUUCUGGGAAAGAUGAUUUUCGAGGACAAGGAGCUGCGCGGAAAACUAAACAAGAUUACCCAUCCGACCAUUCACCGCAAGAUCUUCUGGCAGGUUUGCAAACUGCUGGUUACGGGGCACUCGUGGAUCGUCCUGGACCUGCCACUGCUCUUCGAAACCGGUGUCCUGAUCGACUUUAUACACAAGAUCAUCUGUGUGACCUGCGACUCGGACAAGCAGCUGGAGCGAUUGAUUGCCCGCAACGAGCUGUCCGAAUCCGAUGCCCGGCAUCGCGUCGAUUCGCAAAUGCCGCUGGAGCAGAAGUGCGAGAAGUCCCACUUCGUCAUCGACAACAACGGCAGCGUAGAGGAGGCGGAGCACUCUGCCAUGGCCAUUUACAAUCUAAUGCGUGACUCCAAGCAGCACUGGCUCAAUCGCAUCAGUUUCCUGGGUCUCUUUCUAAUCGUGGGCUUCACAAUAUAUCUGCUGCUGAAGGUGUUCAACAAGCUGCCCGAAUCCUGGCAGAUGUAGUCCGUGCAAGUUCUGGCCAUAAGACGCUUUAUUACGUGUCAAUGCAAUUGAAACCAAAACCAAUUAUACAAUUUAAACGCUUGCUAGUGAAAUAUACAAAAGUCACGUGUA